UAGAGAGAGAGAGAGAUCUAGAGAGAGAAAGAGAGAUUUUGGAAGAACAUUCUGUAAUGGAGAGACGAUUUAAUUAUUUACUGGUUAUUUCUCUGCUACUCGGAGUUUCGUUUUCUGCCGUCGCCGCCGGAUCGAAUGUUCCGGCGAUUUUCAUAUUCGGCGACUCAAUUUUCGACGCCGGAAACAACCACUACAUCAAAAACUGCACCGCCCAGGCGGAUUUCGCCCCUUACGGAUCCACCUUUUUUAAACGCCCCACCGGAAGAUUCACCAACGGCAGAACUGUAGCCGAUUUCAUCUCUCAAUUUUUGAGAAUCCCUCUGCAAAAACCGUACCUGGAAAUUGUGAACGGAGGUAGACAGAAUUAUCCGGCGAACGGCAUCAACUUCGCCAGCGCCGGCAGUGGGGUUCUACGUGCAACAAAUAACGAAACAGGAGUAACACCACUCCAAGUCCAGCUGCAACAAUUCAAAACCCUAGUUGACCAAAACCACAUCAACAAAAAAAUCCUCCAAAAAUCCCUCUUCCUUUUCGAAUCCGGCUCAAACGACAUAUUCAACUAUUUCUACCCGUUCGAUACCCCAACACUAACCCCCGACGCUUACGCACAAUCCAUGCUCAAAGAAGUCCAACUUUUCAUCGACACAAUCCACAAGCUUGGGGCCCGCAAGAUCGCAGUGUUCGCAUUAGGGCCCGUCGGCUGUGUACCGGCCCGCGCACUCUUGCCUGGUGCACCCGUCAAUAAAUGCUACGGCAAAAUGAAUAAGAUGGUGAAGUAUUACAAUACGGGGCUUGACAACUUGGUGAAGGGCUUGCCUGUUAGAUAUCCCGGCGCAGUCGGUGUUUUCGGAGGUGUUUAUAAGUUGGUUCAGAUUUUUCGCGACGACCCUAAACGAUAUGGAUUUGGAAAUGUGGAUAAUGCAUGCUGUGGAUUAGGAACACUUGGAGGACAAUUGCAAUGUGGGAAAGAAGGGUACACAGUGUGUAAAAACCCUAAUGAGUAUUUAUUUUGGGAUUUCUUUCACCCAUCUGAGCAUACAUACAAACUCAUAUCCAAGGCCUUGUGGGCGGGUGACACGACCCGGAUCCGACCCUUUAAUUUGAAGAAACUUGCCAAUAUUACCCUCCCUCGGUUUUAAAUAUCCGUUAUGUAUGUGUUCGGUUGAAUUUAUAUGUAUUGAGGUUUGUUUAUCGAAAAAAUAAAAUCGGACUUUUUGGUUUCGUCAGAUUUGUACGACUUGGUUACAUGUUGUGUAGCACGAAAACUCAAACCUCUUAACGUUUCUUUGUCUCGGACAUGUUUGUGUCCGACAC